AUGAUUCUCUCAACCCAAAUAUCACGGCUAGACGGCCUCAUGCUCUGCGCCUCCGUCGACGACUCCCCCGAACCCCCCUCCCUCACCUCCCUCAAAUCCCAAGUCCGCCAGAUCCUCCGCACCAUAACCCGCAACUCCACGCCCCAAGCGUCCAUCGAGUCGCCCCCCCAAACGAUCCACUACCUCAUCGACAACGACGUCAUCUUCCUGUGCAUCUGCGACGCCAGCUACCCCCGCAAACUGGCCUUCACAUACCUCGCCGACCUGUCGCGCGAGUUCCUGACCACCCACCCCCCGCAGCAGGUGCACUCGCCGUCCCUCCGGCCCUAUGCGUACAUGGACUUUGACAGCUUCAUAAGUAAGACGAAGGCGACGUAUGCGGAUGCCCGGGCCGCGCAGAAUCUGGACAAGGUGAACGACGAGCUGAGGGAUGUGACGAAGGUGAUGACGAAGAAUAUUGAGGAUUUGCUGUACAGGGGGGAUAGCUUGGAUAAGAUGGGCGAGAUUAGUACGCGGUUGAAGGAUGACAGUAUGAAGUAUAGGAGGGCGGCGGUGAGGAUUAAUUGGGAUUUGUUGCUGAAGCAGUAUGGCCCGUUUGCGGGGCUGGGGUUCUUUGUUUUGUUGUUUGUGUAUAUGCGCUUCUUUUGA